AUGCAGGUGCGGCGGGCACACGCGAGGCGCAGCGCCUGCGAGGAGAGCUUGAUGCGCGUCAUUCGCAAGUCUGCCAAGUACUUCGCCCCAGACUCCGCGAAGGACUUCCAGGAGGUCCCGCGGGCGGCCAUCCAGGCUAGCUCGAAGGCGGAGUGGCAUCGCAUUGGCGCCAAGCUGGUGGAGUUAGGCCUCGCGGCGCCCAUCGCCGAUGACCGGAUCUUCAAGGUGGGCAACAGGAAAGUGCUAGCAGGUGCUUUCGGGGUCGCCAAGGGAGGAACUCCCACUUUUGGUCAUGAUGUGGUGCAGCGGCUCAUCAUCAACAUGGUCCCUGCUAACAGCUACCAGCGGACGAUGCGGGAUGACAUUGGGACCCUCAGCGCCUCGCCGUCGUGGGUCUCGAUUCCACUUCCUGAGGGACAUGUGCUGCUGUGGUCAUCCGACGCUCAGGCGUCAGCAUUGUAUUGCUGCGAGUUGCCCGAGGCGUGGCAGCCCUACAUGGCCCUAGCUGAGGCGAUCCCCAACGAGCUCAUCGGGGUCAACGGGGCAGGGAAGACGCACAUCGCUUUGCGUGUCAUCCCGAUGGGCUGGAUCAGUGCUGUCACAGUCUUCCAGCACUGCCAUCGGCGGCUCGGCUUUGGGCUGAAGCCACUUGCGCUGGAGCAAGCCUGGGUGCAGUAUUACAUCGACGACUGGGACCACGGGGAGAUCGUCCAGAGUAGCCGCCUGGAUGAGCUGGCCGGCACGCUUAGCGAGGUCCAGGCUGAGCAGCGAGCCCCCAACCAGAGGAGCGGCAUCCAAGUUGCUGAAGGCAAGGCCAAGCACCGCGAGCUCGUCCUGGAGCGCAUGGGUGCUGGGCUAGACGGCAUGGUCGGCCGAGUCGGAGUCACAGUUGAGAAGCAGCUCCUGCUCUUAGCGCUCGUGAUGUGGGUGAUGGGCCAGCCUCAGGUCACGGUCAAGGCGAUGCUUGCGGUGCUGGGCCGCUGUGUGCGCGUGGCGGAGUUCCGCCGGCCGUCCAUGAGGUUCCUGAACGAGUGCUGGGCGGCUGGGCAGUGGCGGUAUCCGCAAGCUGUGCCCUUUGUCAUGUGCGGCGAGCUCCUGAUCGACGCGGGGGUGAUAGCGACGGAUGCGAGCAAGCAGGCGGGCGGCAUCUGCUAUGCCGCUGGCCUCACCGCUCGGGGAGUGCAGGCCGCCACAGGCGAAGGAGGACUGUGCGAGGAAGCCGUGCACGCCACCUUCGCUGCGCCUCAGAUGAUACGAUGGCGGCCGCGCGUCAUCUUAGUGGAGUUGUUCGCCGGGGCUGCUGCCGCUGCCGUGGCCGCGCAUCCCUUGCCCAUGAGCGCGGCCGCCCACCUCUGCUCGGAGGUAGAGCCGGCAGCGCGACGGCUGGUGCGGCGGCGGUGGCCGGGUGUCAUUGAGCUGGGCAACAUCGAGGCCUUGGACCUUGAGCGCUUCACCCGCAUGCUGGAGGGGUUCAGGCGCGACGCCGACUGGGUCUUCAUUACUGCAGGGAGUCCGUGCCAGGGUCUCUCCACCCUCAACGCGGUGGGCAAGUGCCUGGAAGGGGACAGGGGCAAGUUAUUCUGGAAGGUCCCUGCCCUCAUCGAAGCUUCCAAACGCGCGUUCGGCACGCGCGUCGACUGGUUCGUCGAGAAUGUAUUCAGCAUGGGCGCCGAGGCGAGGGGCCAGUUCUCGCAGGCGCUGGGCGUCGCGCCGUUGCUGUUAGAGGCGAAGGACUUCACCAGAGUGCGCAGGCCCCGUCUUUUCUGGUGCUUCUGGCCCGCCUGCAGUCACCUUCCGCACGGCACGAGCAUCGAGGUGAGGAGCCAGGGCAUCGGUCAGUAUAACAAGGUUGAGGUCAGCGUGGAGCGCGCCGCUGCUGACCUUUGGCCACUGCCAUUUGGAGGCUGGACGACCCUGAGGCCUGUCGGCCUGGAGCGUGCCAGUCCCACUGCGCUGGCGCGCUGGGCCGCAGAUCAGCACCGCUAUCAAGUCAACAAUUAUGAGGAUGCCGUGCUGCUGUGGAGCGCCGAUCGAGCGCAAGGUAGGCUCCCUGUCGCUGAGGAGCGGGGUGUUCUCAUGCGGUUUGAUAGGCGGUACUUUGAAGCAGCCGUCAAGGACAGCGUCCUCUCGGCAGAAAGAGACAUCGUCAUGGAAUGCCUUGUCGGUAAUACGUUCUGUGUCCAGUGCGUCAUGCUCCUUUUCGGCAGCUGGCUGGCUCAAAUUGGGGCUUUGUCCGCUCCGCUUCCCGCCGAACUGUGUUUGCAAGCCGGCGAGCGGGAGCCCAACUGGAACAUCGACGCCGAUUUCAAGACUCCUGGCUACAGGCACGCUACCGCUGAGCGGGGGCUCAUCGUCGACUUCUUGCGCGUGGCCGAUCGGGGUGGCACGGACGUCAGACUUGACUGUGGUGCCCCGUGCCGAGCUCGGGCGUGGCCAAGGUCGGCUCUUCGGACGUCGCUGUGGGCUUGGCGCAUUGCCAAGAGUUUCAGGUGGCAGCGACCAGCUCACAUCUCCGAGUUGGAGCUGGAGGCCGCAGUGGCUGGAGCCAAGGGGCGCUGCAGAGACGUGGCGAAGCACGGCUGCCGCUACCUGCAUCUUCUCGAUGCCCAAGCGGUGGCAGCAGUCUGCUCGAAGUGCAGGUCAAGCGCCUGGCGGCCCCAGCCAGGGAUCAGGCGCCUCAGUGCGCUCACGCUCGCGACCAGCUGCUACCCGAUGUACGGCUACUGCGACACGGACGACAUGCCCGCGGACGCCCCCUCCCGGCCCCUGCGAGAGCUGGCGGCCACUCCUCUCGCGCGGAAGCGCUACCAGGAGGCGGUUGGCAGCGUCUUUGACUGGUGGGUCGAGCAGAAGCGUGAGGUCCAAUCUGCAGUGCAAGCGGACAUGGGCCUGGUUGACUACAUUGAAGGGCGCUUGGCCGCAGGCGGGUCCCUGCUCGACGUCAACUGUGCCAUCGCAGGUAUGUGCCACCACUUCCCUCCGUUCCGCGGUCGACUCCGAGAGAGUUGGCGCCUGGCUCGCACGUGGCAGCGUGCUGGGCCGGCAGGGCGUGCGCGUCCAAUCGCACCGCUCAUCGCACUUGCGUUCUCCAGCGGCUUUCUCGCGGCUGGAUUCCCAGCCGCCGCCGCCAUCCUGCUGGCAGCCUAUGACACGUACCCCAGGACGGGGGAGAUCAUGGCGCUGCGUUGGCACGACAUCACUACUUAUGAGAAUUCAGGUUCAGCCAUGACCAGGCUGCGCGAUACCAAGAGCCAGCACCAGACGGGAGCGGGAGAGUCCGUCACGGUGCGCUCGCAGACGGCAGUGGCGCUGCUGCUGAAGGCACGCGAGCUGGCAGGGACUGCCAGCCGGUGCGAGCAGCCAGCCAUUGGCAUGCCGCCCGCGCUGGAGGACCAGAGGCUCACCCUCUACAGCUGGAGGCGAGGUGGUGCCAGCGCCGGCUUCCGCUCGCACGGGUCCAUGGAGACCACGCUGCUCCGAGGGCGCUGGGCCAGUGUGCGGACGGCGCGCCUGUGCGUCCAGGACGCCGUCGCCGAGGCGACGACGCUCGCGCUGCUGCCAGACCAGCGCGCCGCUUGCCUACACCUGGCAAGCCAAUUCGCUGCACAGCCAGUUUAG